AUAUCACAGUUUCACAUAGGCCAACUUCCUGCUAUGAGAGAUGUGCUUCAGUAGACCCAAUGAUAAACUUCGCCGCAUUAAACUGCGCUGCGCAAGAGUGAACGCGAGAGUCGAGGCGGUGGGCAAGUUAAGAUAGGCAAACGUAUUUCCUGUACUGUGCCUGAUUCUACAUUGUUGUCUUGCCUACUAAGUGUAAACUCACAAGUUGUUAAAUCAGCCCCUGGAAAAUGCAAGCCAUCAAGUGUGUGGUGGUUGGAGAUGGUGCUGUGGGAAAGACAUGCCUGCUCAUCAGCUACACAACCAACGCCUUCCCUGGAGAGUACAUCCCCACAGUGUUUGAUAACUACUCAGCCAAUGUGAUGGUGGACAGUAAGCCAGUGAACCUGGGACUGUGGGAUACAGCAGGACAGGAGGACUAUGACAGACUCAGACCUCUGUCCUAUCCUCAGACGGAUGUGUUCCUAAUCUGUUUCUCUCUGGUGAGCCCAGCAUCGUUUGAGAACGUCAGAGCCAAGUGGUACCCUGAGGUACGACACCACUGCCCCUCCACGCCCAUCAUCCUCGUGGGCACCAAGCUGGAUCUGAGGGACGAGAAGGAAACCAUUGAGAAGCUGAAGGACAAGAAGCUAGCGCCCAUCACCUACCCACAAGGCUUAGCACUAGCCAAAGAGAUAGACUCGGUGAAGUACCUGGAAUGCUCUGCCCUGACCCAGCGGGGGCUGAAGACGGUCUUUGACGAGGCCAUCCGAGCAGUGCUGUGCCCCCAGCCCACCAAGGUGAAGAAACGACCCUGUCUACUCAUCUGAUCUCAGACCUGUGGAUACACCAAGAGGGAAGGGCUCAGGAAUCACACAACAGCAAAUGUUGAUUUUAGUUAAAUACAAAGUUUGUCAGUUUUACAAAGUGGUCUAAUGUUCAGAUGAGUCAACAUAUGUAGUGUUGAGUCUUGCCAUCUGUAGUGUAUAUCCAGCUAUAAUUACAGUAUAUAGUGUAUGCCUCAAUCCCAAAUGAAUGGAAGAUAGUUGGACCGUCGAAUUGUACCAUUACAGAUGGUGCCGACCUUUCCCACUGAUUAGGGAUUCAGGCAUAUAGCUGGAUCUACGAUUCUUCUCAAUGUUAGACCACUGUUCAGGUCUGAAAACAACCAUCAGACUUUCUGGAGCAUCAAUAUAAAUGUCCUUCAUAUUUUCAAGACAAAUCCUGGAUAUGUACACAUGGAUAAGUGUUUUAGAUUCAUAUAUUGGUAUUUGGUUUUGGUUUCUUACUCAUUUUCUCAUACAUUUCUUCUAUAUGGUUUGUUUAUGCAGUGACUGGUCCUUACUGUACAAGAAAGACACUGAAAAAUACAUAGACCAAACAUUACAGUGUGUAUAGUCAGAAAUGUAUUGGACCAUCCUAAUGUAAGAAACUUUCUAAAAUGAUCAUGUUGUUUACUCUAUAAGAUUUAUUUUUCAUAUUUUGACAUGAUACAGCAUUCUACUAUAUUUCUAAGGUACCGUAUUACUUUUCUCUCUAUUACAAUUUAAUUUAACAC